CUUGACCUUCUCUGUCCCUGCCUUUCUCUCUGUCCUUAUUCUCUCUCUCUCUCUCUUUUACUUCUCUCUCUUUUACUCUUUUUUUCUCUCUCUUUUACUCUUUACUCUCUCCUUUCACUCCGUCCUUAUUCUCAGUCUCUCCCUCCCUCUAUCUGCAGGUGUGGAGGACCGCAGCCUGAGGCUUUAAAGAAGGACAAAGCCUCUGCUGAGAGUGAGAACACAACGCUGUUGGAGAGAGUAGAGGAGAGAAGGAAGAGGAGGAGAGAGGGAGGGAUAGCUACAGUGCAGUAAGGGAGUCUGGUAGAACUGGUUGUUGAAAGGAAAGAGCGAUGGAGUCUUUUGCAGGAGAUGCGGAGGGCAGCGCUGAUGACCUUACAGGAGGAAAGAGGAAGUCCAAGCUGAAGACCCUGAAGACACGUCUGUUUGGGAGGUCCAAGAGAGAGACCCAACUCAGCCAGUCUGCUGGUGAUGUCACUGAGGCGGAGGGGCUGGGCUCAGCUGAGCAUCUGUGUUCAGGCGUGUUGGGAUCACGGGCGUUGUCACAUGACAGUAUCUUCUUGGCCGACCAGGAUCUGUCUGGUCCGGAGCAGCCCAGGGUUCUAUCCCAGGAUAACGUCCAAGGCAGGAUCAAAGAACUCCAGAUGAAGCUCCAGCAGCAGAACAUGCGUCUAGGCCCAUCCCCAAUGGUCCUGCCAAUCAAACGUCCAGAGGACCUGGGGGGCAGCUCAGAAGAUGAUGGUCUGCCCCACAGCCCUCCCGAAAUCUCCAUGGGCGACCGCAGACACCCCCGGGGGGCAUCUUACAAGUUCCCUGCCCCUCCCAGGCACCAUAGCUCUCUGAGUUUAGCAGGAACAGGAAGUGAGGAGGAAGAGCAGGCCACCUCCCAACCCUUGUCCCAUCCCCUCUCUCCCAUGCUCAAACCUCCUCUUACCAGCUUCGUGCACCCCACCCCAUCUGCCCCCCUCUCUGCCUUCUCCCCUGCCUCUCCUGCCUUGGAUUUCAGCACCCCAGCCCAGUUCACCCCCUCCCUGGAUAACUCUGCCGCCCGCCACCGUAUGUCCAUCAAGCCCAGGAACCAGAGGGCCAGUGCCAAGAACAAAAGGCUGACCAUGACUGAAUCGAGACCACGCUCAGAGAGUCUUAACAACUUUGACCGGCCCUUGACAGAGGAGGAAGAGGACGGGCCUGCUAUUACUGGGGGUAAAACACGUUUACGUUCUCACUCUACCCAGAUCCAAAAGUUGGAGCAAGGGGGGUUGACCACCCCCACUGCACCCCCAGAGCUGACACCCCUUAAGUCUGGUCCCACAGAGGCUGAGGGGUGCCCAAAAACCUCCACCUCCACCCCAACCCUCCCCUGCAAGCCCUCUCCACAGGAGCAGCUGCAUCCUGGGGUUGCUCUGAGACCAGUGGAAAUUGUGCCAGGCAAACAGCCACAGUCCUCCUCUGUGACCACAGUACAGGACCUGAGAUACACUCCACAACAGCAGACCCUGAAACUGUCCCUGGGAGACCCCAAGCCCUCAGCCCCAUCCCAAACCAAGAGGGACAUCCUGAGCAAGAGUGGUGUGAAAGAUUCAACCCCCAGCACCGAGGGUAGCACCAAAGAAAACCCAGUCCCGGCCGCCCAGCCCGCAGUUAGCCUGGCCUCAGUGGUGGAUCUCAGAACAUCCUCUCUGAGGUGGAAGCCAGAGACUGUGGCUGCUGGUCAGAGUACCACAGAGCCACCUGCUGGGCCGGAGGACGCAGGUCAGGCAGAGCCAAGGCCAGUCUCUGGAUCCUUCCACUUCUCCAUCAACUCUGCCAGGGAGCGGGAGAGACCCAGGAUGGGAAGUGAUGGUUUCUUGGGAGUGGUGGAGCAGGCUGGGGCUGGGGCGAAGAGGGAGGGGAGGGAGAAGGGGACAGAGGUGAAGUUGACCUCCUCAAACGCCAGCCGGAGGGGGCAGGAGCAGCAUGGGGGCAGGCAAGAGGGAGCCAAGCCCAAAGAAGAGGAGUUGACUGCCAGCGAUAUCGGGGAGAAAGUCUUGGAAGGGGAGGAGAUGGAGGAGGAGAGCAGGGAGGGAGUGGAGGAGGCAGUGGAAGCAAAGGAGGAGGCACAGGAAGAGGAGGAAGAGGGGAAAUCGGCAUUUGGCGUGAAGCUUCGCUCCACCUAUCUCUCUCUGAAGGUCCAGGCGGAGUCAGCCACCAGCCAAUCAGAUCUCAAGAUUAACCGUCAAAGUCAGGAGGUGGGUGCUCUCCCUCUUACCCCUUACACCCUUUCCUCAAAACCCACCGGGCUUGAGGGGCUACAGGACACCCCGCCAACCAACUCAAUGCCCCAAAAGCUCCAUACAAACACCUGGGAUGCCCCAACAACACUGUCUUCACCCAGGGGGAGAGCCGGCUCCCUCAGAGAAGCAGUAACCUCAGCCCAGCCUACCCCCUCACCUCUCACUAAAGAGGCCCAAACCACCCCAGCUAUCCCUAAGGUGGUCCAAACCACCCCUGUCCCAGCCAUGGAAGCCCACACUACCUCCUCAGCCACUCAGGACCCCACGACUGGCCCCCAGGUGCCCCCCAAGGCUACCGUAUCCUGGAUGAGCAUGGCAUGGGGGAAGACCAGGGGCCUCCAGCAGCUCUUCACCAGCAGUCUACCCAGAGAGUUCACUGGCAUGCAGUCCCCAACUCAACCGCAAUGUCAGACCACAACACAACCACAGACGUCGUCACUGGCUCAGAUCAUGACACAAACUCAGAGACAGAAUGCAACACAACCACAGACACAGACGACAAUGCCACCACAGGCUCAGACCGCAGCACAACCACAAUCACAGACCCCAAUGCAACCCCUGACUGCUAAACUACUGCAGUCACAUAAUUCAGCACAACCACCACAGACAGCAGCACAAACACCCACACAGACCACAAAACAACAGCAGACUGACAAAACACCACAGACACAGAACACAACACAACCAAAGACAGUGACUCAACCAUCAACACAGAACACAAAACCAUCAACACAUGUGUCAAACCAAACCAACACUUGGGCAGCACAACCAACCACCGCCCCUCAACCGCUAGCACAAUCUACCCUAAGUUCUGUGUCUCGGGUGACCUCACAGUCCAACCUACGAGCAACCCAGCACACCCUGCGCUCCACUCCACAGACCCAAGCCCAAGCCACACUACGAUCUGCCCCAAUAGGUGCCACUUCCACUCAGCCCCUGGCCUCGUCUUCCCUCUCUUCAAGCCCAAGCUCCACACCCAGCCAGCCCCCCUGGAUCACACGAGGUCACAACCCUACCCCUCAGCCCAAACCAGCCUUAGCCCCAACAACAAACCCAGCCCCAGUCCAAGCUACAGUCCCAGCACUAGGGAGAGGUGACAGGACCUUUGUCCUCCAGGGGAAGAGUGAGGAGGCUGUGCCAACAGAGAAGUGGGUGGACCGGGACAGGCCAGGGACAGUGGGAGGGAGGGCAGCCUUUCUGGAGAAACGGGCGGAGUGGACCCCUCCUGCUGGGAGCAAGGUGGAGCUCAGGAGAACAAGGACCCCACCUGAGUCUCAGCCCACAGCUGAAUCUGCUGCUCCUUCCAAAACGCCACCCACUCACAGAAACACUAAAGUUGCUAAACUUGAUGGGAGGCCAGAAUCAAGCCCAACCAAAGUGGCAGGCAGGCAUGCAGACAGAGAGCACAAAUGGCUGAGAAAGAACAUGGCAACGUCGUCAUCUCCUUCAUCAUCACCUUCGUCAUCAUCCCCCCUGCAGACCAUCUCUGACAGUGGGGGGCAGCCAUCUUGGAUGGAACUGGCCAAGAGGAAGUCAAUGGCCUGGAAUGACAAGACCAUGGACUGAUAGAAUGAGAAAGAAAGAAAGAAAGAAAGAAAGAAAGAAAGAAAGAAAGAAAGAAAGAAAGAAAGAAAGAAAGAAAGAAAGAAAGAAAGAAAGAAAGAAAGAAAGAAAGAAAGAAAGAAAGAAAGAAAGAAAGAAAGAAAGAUGCAGAGAGAGAUAGGGGGAGUUCCUUAUUUAAAUGCACUUAUUGUUAGUUGCUAUAGGCAAGAGUGUCUGCUAAAAUGGCUCAAUUGCAAGUUGUGAGAGUGGUAGAGACGGAGCAAGACAGAGGGAGAGAAACAGCAACAACAGUAGUAAUGGGAAUGUAGCGCGAGUGAUGGACAAAGUGAGAUGUUGAGUUCAUUGAAGUGGAAUUGAAUUGACCUUGGAAGCAAAAGCUAUAGGUAAGCUGUAAAAUCGGCUUCCCUUGACUGUAACAGGCUUACUUUGUUUGUGACAUUUUUUUGUAUUGUAUGUUUGCGUAUGGGAUGACUAUGAUGUAGAAUGGUUCUCUAUCUCUGAAUUAUUUUUCUGUCUCUCUUGGUUUUGAUCCAAACAUAUUUUUGUCCCAAACUCUGGGCUUAUGUUAGAGAUGGGGAAAAUAUUAUUGAUAUAUUGUUAGAAUAACAUUUUAAUUUGAUCUCAGAAAUAAAUAAUGUAUAAGAUAUUUAUGAAAGUAAUACAUGCUUAUGUAUGUGACUAUGAUGCCCCAGUGUUGUUCUAACUAUUUAUCUCUAAUUGUUUAUGAUGAAUAAUAAAAAUACAAAUGUU